AUAUAUCUAGUCAGUUCUAAUAAUGGGUUGGCUUGGCGACGUGUAUUUUUGGAGACAGUGUAUAGUGCUCAUAGCCAACUGCAUGUUUGCGGUCGGUACUGGUUUAAUGCUGACGUUUCCCGGGAUACUAACCUCGGACCUGCUGUCCCCAAACAGUACCAGUGGGAUACAUGCCAACCCAGAUCAGGCUUUUUGGAUAGCUGGCAGCAAUGGAAUUUCGGGCUUUGUUGGAUUUUGCGUGGCACCAUACAUUAUGAAAAUAUAUGGUCGAAAAACCGUUAACCUUGGUUUGAAUUUUCUUUCUGGUCUCGGUUUCCUCAUAUUUUUUCUGGCAAGCAACAUUGUCUGUUUAUACGUGGCAAGGAUUUUGCAAGGAGCGCCUAUGUGCGGAGCUUAUAUUGCAACUCUGACGUUGGGAGAAUACGCAGACCCGAAAAAACGAGGAUACUUUGUCUCUAUAAAAAAAAGUAUGGUUGCAAUCGGUUCACUACUGUGCCACUUCUUGGGUAUGUAUUGGACCUGGAAACAAAUAGCUGCUUUUGCAACAUUUCCAUAUAUUGUUGCAAUAAUUUUUACGCUUACGUGGCGUGAAAGUCCCUCGUUUUUGGCUCUGAAAGGAAAAUAUGAUGAGUGUGAAAAAUCACAUAGAUGGAUAUUUGGAGACGGUGCAAAGAGUAAGAGAGAAUUAGAGGAGUUGAUAUCAACUCAGAUGGAAGUAAGAAACCGAGCAAAGAACAAAGAAAACCUGUGGGCUGAAAUCAGAAAGUUACUAAAGAAAGAAUUCAUAAAACCAUUUGUAAUUAUUUCCUUAUUGACAGUGAUAAUAGACGCAUGUGGAAGAUAUUAUAUGCUUGCAUAUAUAGUCCAAAUUCUUACUGAAGUUACGAAUGACAAGUCUAUCGCUACAUAUUUCACUAUACUUUCCGAUAUAUUAACAUUAGCUGGGUUAAUAAUAUCAUGUUUUGUGAUACGAUGUUGUAAAAGACGGACCUUACUAUUUACUUCUGGUGUAACUUGUGUGUUUUUGAUGUGUCUUACAAGUGUAAUCGCAUUUUUGAAAUCUCGUUAUAAUAUCGGAGAAUCCGUGUAUUGGUGGUUUAUCCCUUUAAUUAUUGUAUCAAAUAUUUUCGUUGUUAACGUAGGAAUUAUACCUUCAAGUUUUGCAAUAAUGUGCGAAAUAUUUCCAUUGGAACACAAAGGUGCAGGCGUUUGUGCAACGGGUAUAGUUUUUACUGUUUUAUUUACACUUGUUAUGAAAUUUACUCCACUGAUGAUGGAGAAAACAGGAAUUGAAGGUACAUUUGGCAUCUACGCACUUCACGUGGCUGUGAGUUUGUUGAUAUUAUAUUUCAUUUUAAAUGAAACUAAGGAUAAAACGUUGCAGGAAAUAGAAAAAGAAAUCAGAGGCAUUAAACAAUCUAAGUUUAAUGAGUAUUAUUUAAAUGGUAAACCGCUAAUCAAAGAAUGAAACCAAUAUUCUUCUUUGGACAAUGGCGCAGUUUUUACAGAGAAGUCGUAACUUUUGGGAUG